GGCCCGCGGGCUAGAGCCUUGGUCUCUAGGGAGUCACAGUAGCAGUCCUCCUGACCUGCCUUUAUUCGGGAGUCUUUAAAAAAAAAAAAAAGCCCCAGAGACUCUUGGCGCUCACCCCAUGACCCGGUGUCAGGUUUUCGAGAGCCUCAUGAAUAAGAAGAAGACAGAGAAUAAUUUGGCCUCCUCCAAGGAAGGAGAUGGAAAAGAUAAUUGUAAAAUAUCAGAUGUUCAUUUGCCAGAUAUAGUAGAGAGAAAAGAAAAAAACAAAUGUGAAAAAGAAGCUGAAAAAUCAGAGCAGCAUUCAGAAAAUACAUGUCCCAGGAGACCACGUGUAAUGUUUGCCAAAUUCAUAAGAACUAAUGCAAGAUUCUAUAAUGAGCCAGUUUGCUACAUAGAACACCCAAAUAUGGGAAACAAGCAGAGAGAAGAAAAAACUCAAGUUUCACAGGAUCCACAAUCCCUGCCCUCAAAGGACCUUAUAUCGAGUAGUGGAAACAAGGAGGCUUGGUGGUCACAUGAAGAAAUACUAAACCACCACUGUGUUCCAUCUUAUGACUUCCAGAGUACCCAAAGAAGUGAUUUCAAAAUACCAGCAUGUCCAUUAGUUUUGCCAACCAAAUACUAUAGGAAACAAAAGGCUGCUUGUGGCAUAGAUAAGAAAAAUAAUGCUCUACGAAAUUGUGGCUUACCCAAAGUUACGCGGAAAGUAACAGGAUUCAAGAUUCCAUUAGCAAUUUCUGACACAUUACCAGUAAUUGAAAACAAAUUUUCACAUCGUUUUCCUUUUAUACAUCUGUUCAGAAAAAGUUUGCCACCAAAGCAUCAUGGAGCUUUUCAGCAGACAGGUAUAAAACCAGUCAGAGGACCAGGAGUUCCUAAGGGAACAGAAGUAUUCCAAAGUGCUCCAGGGUUAUGCUUACCAGAACAGUCAAAAACAGAGAGAGGAAACUCAAUGACAACUACAGUGACCUCAUCCAGUUCCGGCCAAUCCAAAAGGUCAUCAAUUUCUGAAUGUCACUUAUCAGAAACAGACGUCAAAGGCAACCUCACAGCUCCUGGGAAGGAACAAAAGAGUCCAGGCAUUUCUGGGACAGCUAAAGUAAAUUUUAUCCUUCCUACCAGGGAGAGGAGCCUUUACAUCUACCAAUCAAACAGAAUUUUUGAAAAAUCAGCAGAUAAAUUACCCACAACAAAUAACACAGACUGAUACUUCCAUUAGUUCCUGAAAUGGAAAGAAUCUAAAUUCACUAGACUGACAGCCGUUUGCUUUUCUAGUACCAAUAACCAAAAAUACAAGCUGACCCCAGCUUAUUUUUAGAGAGAACGUGGUACUCCUUUGACUAAAAAAUAAUAGUGCUUUACUUUGUUUUCUGAAAAACCUAGACGCUUUAAGGAUUGUAGAGGAAUUUGAUUGCUGUUUCCUUAAACUACUUUGUUCACAUUUUGAGAUCAGAUAUUUUGGGUGACACAAUCCCACUGAACUUAGAAUUAGAAUACCUAGCUUAGUGAUAAUGGCAAAAUCCCUUAACUUCUCCAGAUUUUUCUUGUCUUUAGAAAUAGGAUAAGAAUAUUUAUACUAUUCCUGUCACUUCUGAGAGAAUACCAUGGGAAAGCACUUUGUAAACUAUAAAGUGCUAUAUAAAUAUGAGCUAUGAUUAUGAAUAGCUAUUUUAAUAUUAGAAAUGAUAAUGAAAUAUAUCCACUGUUCACCUGCAGAUGGAGAACUGAUGGACUCAGUACAAAUUGGAGCAUA